UAAACGCGUGCUCCCCCUAUGGCUUUCAUGAGUCGAAUUCGGCAUCUCACAAAGUAUAUCUAUAUACUAACUACUUAACACUACCACGAUCCACGAGGAAGACUCUGACAAAAAAUGGUUUCAACUGUUUUUUAUGUUUUCAUCUUUCUCCUUGCUCUGCUUUCAUAUAUUUUUAUUAAAAGAAACAACAGAGAACCCCAUAAGCGACUUAAGCUCCCUCCUGGUUCCAUGGGUUGGCCUUACAUAGGCGAGACUCUUAAGCUUUAUUCUCAAGACCCUAACUCCUUUUUUGCUGCAAAGCAGAAAAGGUAUGGAGAAAUUUUCAAGACCCAUAUUCUUGGUUGCAAGUGUAUUAUGCUGGCUAGCCCAGAAGCAGCAAAGUUCGUGCUGGUUACCCAAGCUCACUUAUUCAAACCCACGUACCCAAAAAGCAAAGAACGUUUAAUUGGACCAUCCGCACUGUUUUUCCACCAGGGUGAUUAUCAUAUCCGAUUAAGGAAGCUUGUUCAGGGUUCUCUCUCCCUCGUUGCCAUUCGAAAUCUCGUUUCCGAUAUCCAAGCCAUAGCCGUCUCUGCUUCUGACUCCUGGGUCAGCGGCCAAAUCAUUAGCACCUUUCAUGAAAUGAAAAGGUAUUCUUUCGAAGUGGGCAUACUAGCAAUUUUCGGCCAUUUGGAAGAGCGUUACAGAGAAGAGCUCAAGAAGAACUAUAGCAUAGUGGAUAGAGGCUACAAUUCUUUCCCUACAAACAUCCCGGGAACUCCAUACAAAAAGGCACUUUUGGCAAGAAAGAGGCUGAGUAAGAUUCUGAGUGAGAUAAUUUCAGAGAGGAAGGAAAAGAGGUUGCUUGAAAAGGAUCUGUUAGGUUGCUUAUUGAAUUCCAAGGACGAGAAAGGCCAAGUCCUAACUGAUGAACAAUUGGCGGAUAACAUUAUCGGAGUGCUUUUUGCUGCGCAAGACACUACUGCCAGUGUCAUGACCUGGAUUGUCAAGUACCUUCACGACCACCCGAAACUUCUAGAGGCUGUGAAGGCUGAGCAGAAGGAGAUUGGUAAAUUUAACGAUUUAAACAACUUGCCUUUGAGUUGGACACAGACCAGAAAAAUGCCAGUAUCUUACAAGGUUGUUUUAGAAAGCUUGAGGAUGGCGAGCAUUAUAUCUUUCACUUUUAGAGAGGCAGUUGAUGAUGUGGAAUACAAGGGGUACCUGAUUCCUAAAGGCUGGAAGGUAAUGCCUUUAUUCCGGAACAUUCAUCACAAUCCAGAAUUUUUCACCGAUCCUCAGAAAUUCGACCCAUCAAGAUUCGAGGUGCCACCAAAACCCAAUACGUUUAUGCCAUUUGGCAGUGGAGUACAUGCCUGCCCUGGAAAUGAACUUGCCAAACUGGAAAUACUGACUAUGGUGCACCAUUUAGUCACCAAGUUCAGGUGGGAAGUAGUGGGAUCCGAAAGUGGGAUUCAAUAUGGCCCAUUUCCAGUGCCUCAGGAAGGACUCCCAGCGAGAUUUUGGAGAGAAUCUUCAAGCUAGUAGGAAAAGCAUUGGCAUUACUGUUUUGGGAAAUGCUAUCCCCUCCAAACGUUGACCCUUUUCUCUCUCUCUCUCUCUCUCUUUUUUUUGGUUUUCCCAUUCUUAGUUACCUUUGGCUAAGCAACUUUCUUUCCCAUUCUUCUACAAUGUCUAUGCCAUCCCAUUCUAAUAGUAUUAAAUUGGGGAUGGCGGUAAUUAUUUGGCUGCUUUUUUAGUAAUUUUCUCAUUUUGCUAUUGUAAUCUUUCUUCCAAGUAGAAGAAGUUUGACAUUGAUCAGCUUUUUCCUUUUUUGGCUUAA